AUGUCCGCCUCGCGCCCCAAACGCGCCCCAGACCUGCCCUUCCCCGACGGCGGGGCGGGGGCCUCCGACGCCUCGAACAAGAAGCCGCGCUUCGACUACCGCAACCCGUCGACGUUGGCCGCCGACGCGCCCGAAGAGGACGCCAUCCUCGAGGCCGACGAGAUCGGCAAGGCGCAGCGGCAGGUGAAGCGCAAUGCCGUCAAGAUUGACGGCUACGAGUCCGACUCGAGCGAGGAGAACUUCGACGCCCGCGCCGAGGAGAAAGCGCGUCAGGCGAAAGCGGCGGAGCAGGCGAGCAAGGAUGCGGACGACGCCGACAUGUUUGCCGACUUGGAGGAGGACUUCAAGGACGGCGACGAGGACGAGGAGCUCAACCGUGAGGGCAAGGGCAAGAAGAAGACCGUCACGUUUUUGGAGGAGGACCAGAUAGAGGGGCAGGUCGCGGACAGCAAAUCGGGCGGGCACGUGUCGGCGGACUUCUCGAUGGAUAACAAGGGCAAGGGCAAGGCGAAAGAUGACGAUGAGGAUAGCAGCAGCGAGAGCGGUGGCGACGAGGAGCGCGACCGCGUGGACAGCGAUAUGGACGAAGAGCUUGGCGCUGGCUCCAAGAAGAAGCACGCACCAAAGCUCGACGCUUUCAACAUGAAGCAGGAAAACGAGGAGGGUCGAUUCGACGACCAAGGAAAUUACAUCCGCAAGGCGAAUGACCCAGAUGCUGUGCACGAUACAUGGCUGGAGGGCUUGUCGAAGAAGGACAUGAAAAAGGCGAAGGAAGCGGAGGAGAAGCGCGAGGAGGAGCGCCGCAAGCGCGCCAUCGCAGACGACCAGGUGCUCACCAGUGACAUCCUAGCAACCCUCAUCACCCGCCUGGAGCGCGGCGAGACCGUCCUGGAAGCCCUCGCACGCCUCGGAACCGGCAAGAAGAAGGAAAAGCCGAAACCCAAGUGGCAGAAGAACAAGCGGAAAGCCAAUGGGGGCACGGAGAACGGUGACGCAAUGGAUGUCGACCCGGCCCAGAAGGAGGAGGACCCAGCGGAGAAGCGCCGCCGCGAGGCUGUUGAGACUCUCACCGGUGCAGCCGACCAGUUGCUCACGCGCGGCCAGUCAGAAAUUUACGAGCAAGAGCGCGAGCUUUUGAUACGACAAUACAAGCGCGAGACAGGCGACGAUUGGGUAGAUCCGCCGAAGGAGGAUGAGGCUGUGGGUGAAGGGGAAACCAAAAUGUGGGAGUACAGGUGGUCCGAUGCCAGGGAUGGUGGCGAGAGACACGGCCCCUAUGAUGGUCAGACGAUGAACGCCUGGAGUGACGCAGGGUACUUUGGCGAAGGAGUGGAGUUCAGAAGAGUAGGCGAAUCGGGUUGGGAACGAGUUGUAGAUUUCUUGUAA